UCUCCACUUUUCAUAUUUUUAAUUACCCAUCAUGUCUGACUCUCAGUACUCGAGCUUCCUUGAAACAGACAUUCCUCAAAACCCUAAUUUUAACGCCCACAGUAGCAACAGUAAUGCAAUGAACACCAGUGCCAUCAAUUACCAAAACUUGGAGCUGUUGGAUCUGAUGUUGGCAGAAGAAUUAGAGAAAGAUUUCACGGAAUUUCUGUCUCAAAACCCAGAUUCCCAUCAGAACCAGUUAAGAUAUGAGGAUGAAGUGAAAAAGAGGAUGAAGAUAGAAAAGAGAAACAAAAUAGCAUUUAGGACAAAAUCAAUGCUUGAAGUCAUGGAUGAUGGCUUCAAGUGGAGAAAAUAUGGGAAGAAGGCUAUUAAAAAUAAUACUAAUCCCAGAAACUAUUAUCGAUGUUCAAAUGAAGGAUGCAGAGUAAAAAAAAGAGUGGAAAGAGAUGGAAAAGAUUCAAGCUAUGUGAUAACAACAUACGAAGGUGUGCACAACCAUGAAAGCCCUUUUACUUUUGACAAAAACAAUAAUAAAACGACACUGGAUUGAUAUGAUGCAGAUGCUGAAUUUUCAACUCUAAUCAGAAUGUAAUUAACAAAAACAAAACACUGGCUUGUCCUAUCAGGAAUGCUUAAUUUCCUUGCUUUUGUUUAUAUCAUUUGGUUUAAUUAUUACUAUACGUGUGAUCUCCCCAUGUGAGAAAUGAAGGGAAUAUUGGAAUGUGUCCCAAGUAGUUGAAUUAUAUAUUUCUGCCAUGCCUAUUUAAAAA